UCGCAUACCUGAUCGGGAUCCGGAUAAGCCCUGAUUACAAUUUCCCGGAUCCAGGUGUGGGUCUCUUCCAGCAUGCAGGUAGCUUGUUGAAAUGAAAUAAGAAAUUAAAAAUAAAUCCCAUACCUCGGCGGUGCCCGAACUCCUUUUUCUCCUCUCCGAUUUACCCUAAUCCCCUUUCUCCCAGCUCCUUCUGGUGAGAUCAAUCGGCGCCGUGCUGUCCCUAAACUCGGAUUACAGCGCCAAGCGGCCAAGCCAAAACCCCCAGAUCCCAAUUCCAUCCCCGGAUCUCGAUCUCCUACCCUAGGGACGUAAAAGGAGUACGGUUGCCCGAGUAACUAUGAAGCCAAGCUCUGAACUUCGAGGAGAAAAUUCCAUGCCUAUUUGCGUGGUAUCUGAAAAACUUGUCUAACUACACAGCAGAGGAGGGUGUUUCUGGAGAGUAAAAUGCAGAAUCAAGUUGAUCAAGUAGAGAGCCAAAGCAACUUUUCUUUGUUGUACGAAUGCCAUGGAAAAUCAGCUCCAGAAGGAAGCAAAGGAUCUUUAUAUUUUGGUGAAAACUGUCUUGAGCAAAAACUUUUAGGAGAGAACAAUGAUGAACUGUGUAAUGCUAGGACCACCCAAUCUGAUUUAUCUGAUUGCAUGGCUGAUGAACCUACACCAAGGCUAAGAAAUGUUGUGAAUGCUGAUGAAAAUGCGUGUCUGCAUGGACAACAGGAGAGUUGUGAAGCAGAAGAAAAUCUGAAGCAGAAGAGCAGCACAUUACAAGACUUGUAUGCUCAAGAAUAUUAUGAUGACGAGGAUGAUGAUGAUAGUGACUGGGAACCUGCCAGUCAUUUUGUUAUCAAGAAGUGGUUUUGCGCUAACUGUACAAUGCCAAACUUUGAUGAUGUUUGUCACUGCGAUGUCUGUGGGGAGCAUAGAGAAUCAGAUUUCUUUAGAUAUGAUUUAUCCCAGUUGCAUGUUGGAGGAGAGGUGGUUAACAGCUACAAAGGUGCAGAUUCAUCCACUGAAACAUGUACAGCUAUAGGUUUUGAUGAGAGAAUGUUGCUUCAUUCUGAGGUUGAAAUGAAAUCACAUCCACACCCAGAGAGACCUGAUCGCCUGAGAGCAAUUGCAGCUAGCCUUGCUGCCGCUGGAAUAUUUCCUGGAAAAUGCACCUUCAUACCUCCUCGAGAAAUAACACAAGAAGCGCUUCUGAUGUAUGGAGCUUCUCUUUUGUUUUACCUGAGCCAAACACUGGGGCACCACCCUCCAAGAUUUGAAGUUCAAACCCAGUCCACUCCUUGGAUCAUAUCGAAGCAGUUCAACAAACGAGAGAUAUGCUUUCCAGACACAUAUGCCAAUGAACAUUCAGCAUGUGCUGCGAGACUUGCAGCAGGACUUUGUGCAGAUCUUGCUCGCACAAUUAUGUCCGGUCAUGCCAGGAAUGGUUUUGCCCUGGUUCGGCCUCCCGGGCAUCACGCAGGUAUUAAACAAGCCAUGGGUUUCUGCCUCCAUAAUAAUGCAGCAAUUGCUGCAUUAGCAGCACAGAGUGCAGGUGCCAAGAAAGUAUUAAUUGUUGAUUGGGAUGUACACCAUGGCAAUGGUACACAAGAAAUAUUUGAUGGGAACAAAUCGGUUUUAUAUGUAUCUUUACAUCGACAUGAGGGUGGAAGGUUCUAUCCUGGGACUGGAGCAGCUUAUGAGGUUGGAAUGGUGGAUGCGAAAGGAUACUCGGUGAAUAUUCCGUGGAGCUGUGGGGGUGUUGGGGAUAAUGAUUAUAUUUUUGCCUUUCAACAUGUUGUGCUUCCUAUAGCUUUAGAAUUUGCUCCUGAUAUCACCAUUAUAUCAGCAGGAUUUGAUGCAGCAAGAGGUGAUCCCCUUGGUUGUUGUGAUGUGACCCCUGCUGGUUAUGCACAGAUGACGCACAUGCUGACUGGUCUCUCACAAGGCAAAUUAUUGGUUAUCCUUGAGGGAGGCUACAAUCUCCGUUCAAUAUCAUCUUCAGCUACAGCAGUGGUUAAGGUGCUGCUCGGUGAAGAUCCUGGUUAUGAUAUGAGUAACGUUGUUCCAUCAAAAAGAAGCCUGUAUACUAUUCUGCAAGUCCUUAAAAUUCAACUGAAGUAUUGGCCGAGUUUGAAACCAAGUUAUACGGCUCUGCAGUCACAAUGGGGUUUGGUUUCUCCAAACAACAGAAACCAGAUGAAGAGGCGGCGGCGUUUAGUUGGUCCAUUAUGGUGGAGAUGGGGAAGUAAAAGGUUCGUCUAUGAGCUAUUAUAUGGCAGUUUCCGUUUGAAUGGGCGGGUGCCUGUAAAACGAAUCUGUUGAUACCAUGUGCUAUGAUGCCGUGUAAUGAUGCAUUAGUUUGAUGAUGAAGAACACGGAAUUCUUGGAUAGGUUAUCAGUGAAGACAAACUUUCCCAGAGCAAAAGUUUUUCCUGCUCUAAAUGGAAGCUAGUUGUCCAGAUUUAAACCACAGGGUUUUGCCUUUGAAUUGUGAACUUUUACUCUAGAAAGUUGUCAUCAUCAUGGUGGUGUUAAGUUAUUUCAGAGAUCAUUAGAGUUCAAUCUACUAUUGCAGGUGUUGUAGUGUAGAGCACAUGUUCUUUUUCCUUGUAAAAUAUCAAAUGGACAAGAAUUUUUGUUCUGACAAGCAUUUGCUGGUUCUCUCUAAUAAACAAAUACCAGAAGUGUCAUCAUAAACAGGUGACCGAAAA